UUGUGCGACAGCAGCAACAGCAGCUUCAGCAACACAAACCAGUCCAGAUGUACGGCCAGGUACCAGACUUGCUGAACAGAGGACCAUCUGGCAGCAUCCCCGCCGCGAACCACCACUACUACAGCGGCAGUGACCGGGGAUCUCUGGAAAGUUCCACAACCGAUGACAGUCAGCCGGUCUCCCCUCACAGUUUCCCUUCAACGCUGUCUUCCCAUUUCCCGCCCCCUCCUUCCUCUAUGCUGGCGUCUUACCACCAGAAGAGUCCACUCGUCAGAGAUUUUAGCGGCGCCGAUUCUGGCUUUUCCAGUUCCCAAAGCCUGCCACAGCACACGCCGUCUUCCCCAGCAACGCCGCAGCAG